GGAGCGGGGGGUCCCGGCGGGUGCCGCGCCAUGAGCGCCGCGCUGGUGGGGUACAGCAGCUCCGAGGAGGAGGAGGAGGAGGAAGGGGGGAGCCGGGGCGGCGGCGCGCAGGGACCCCCUGGGGCCAGCGCCGGCCGUCCCCGCCUGCCCGCGCCCGCCGGCCUGCUGGGAGACCCGGAGCCGGAGGAGGCCGUGAGCGAUGACAGCUCCCGGCACGGCGGCCGCGUGCGCGGCUUCCCCCACGAGCGGGGCAACUGGGCCACGCACGUCUACCUGCCCUACAUUGCCCAGGAGGAAUUCCUGGAGCUGCUGGAGCUGCUGGUGUCCCGCGCUCGCACCUACGUCCCGUCGCUGGCUGCCAUGGAGGAGUUCCACCUGAGCCUCUCGCAGUGCGUGGUGCUGCGCUACCACUGGAUAGAGCCCUUCGUCCGCUCCCUCAGGGAGCGGCUGGCCGCCUUCCACAGGUUCUUCUGUGUGGCUGACCAAGUGAAGGUUUACACCAACCAGAACAAAACCAGGACAUUUAUUGGCUUGGAAGUCUCUGCUGGGCAUUUCCAGCUGCUGGAGCUGGUCUCGGAGGUGGACGGCGUUCUAGAGGAAUUUGACCUUCCCACAUUCUACAAGGACCCGUCGUUCCACAUCAGCUUGGCCUGGUGCGUCGGGGACCUGUCUGGCAGGCUGGAAGGGCAGUGUCUGCGGGAGCUCCAGGACAUUGUGGAUGGGUUUGAGGACUCAGCAUUCCUGCUGCGUAUCCAAUGGGAGCAAAUCCGCUGCAAGUCAGGGAACAAGUACUUCUCCUUCCCCUUGAGGUAGGGGCUGUGCUUUUUGGAGACCCAAAGAGGCUGAUGCUUGACUAAGGACCAUUGUGCAAUGCAGCUCUGUGUGCUGUGGGCUGUCACGCACUUCCACACUCUUCUUGCCUGCUCAGUGUCUCUGUGGUGUUUGUGGCCUCAAGUCGGGCCACUUCCAGUUUGAGCUGCUGGCUGAAGAAAAGUGUGUUUGUAGCAGAUUUCAUCCUCACUGCUGGAUGUGCUGCCGUCAGCACCGGUGGUUCCAGACAUCCCACGGUCGCUAAUUCUGCUGAUUUUUUACAAACAAAAACAAAUCUACAAAAGCCAUAGAUGCCUUAUGGGAAGGAGGAAGAAGGUAGCGUGGGAAGCUGCUACUAAAGGGAGAGUGUCUCACACAGUGGGAAGUAGCACUGCCAGAUUGUUGUUGGGAGGCUCUGGGCAUGUUUUGAGUAGCAAGAGGCAAGGACAUGGAGCUGGAUCCUCUUGCCAAAGCGUUUUCCUACUGUAAGCCAGCUCGGACAAGCUCCUGAGUCAUGUUGUGUCCCUCUCACACCGCUGCUGCCUCUGUAGAGACAUUUCAGCGUCUGAUCCUUUUGCCAAACAACAAGAGCUUGCUGCCAGGUGUGGGUGAGCCCUGGAACGGACAGUGUCAGUGUUUGCCUGAGCUGGGAGGGCAGUGCCCACUGGUGAAUCAAGGGGUGGCAGCUCCUGCUCAGGCUCCACACUUUUUCCCUGUGUGAUCAGCACCCCAGAUGGAUGAUGACCCAGGGGAUCACAGGCUGGACAUUGUCCCGUGGGAGAAGCUCCUUUUUAAUCCUUUUGUUCCUGCGGGUUGGUCAGCUGCAACCUCUCAGGUAUUUGGAGCAGGAUGCCGAUGUGGUGCCCUGAAUCUUUUAUUCCAUGUCUGUCUGGGACUUCUGAGCAGUAAAAAUUUGUCUCCUCGUGUCAUAAA